GCAGCACUGAUUAUAGGUUAGAGGUAGGAAGCUAUUUUACUGUCAUUGUACACUUCAAGAAUUUUAAGAUGAAUUAUUCUUUCAUCAGCAAUUUUAAUUCCAUAAAUAUUGUUGAAGUUUACAACAGCCUGUAGUGUUUUUUUGUAGUUAUUGUGUACAUCUGAUGAAUUAUUUAUCAAAAUAGUUCGAAUGUGAAGAUAAAUUAAAAAUAGGUGAGAAUUUAGUCAAUUUUGAUCCUACUUUUUUCUUCAAAUCAUGAAGUACAAUGACAGAGAACUGGUUAAAUUCGGAGAAAAUAAAUGUGAGUUGGAGGGAAUUCUCCACCACAUGAAACCACUGGAAAAUGACUGGUCUGACUGGUACCAAAGGCCUUCUUUCAAGGAAAGGUAUUUCAAAUUGAUAUCAAACAUUUUAUUCUACUACCGACUGGGCGAAGAAGAACCAAUGGGAAUUCUAGUAUUAGAGAAUGCUCAAGUGGCUUAUGAACGUCCCCACAAAGGUAUUCCAUUUGCUUUUUCCAUAACCUUCAAAGUUAAUGAUAGAUUUCGAGAUGAUGAAGCCAAGCAUAUAUUUUCUUGCCGCUGUGAUUCAGACGUAAGUAAAUGGGUAUCGGCACUAAAAAUGGCAUCAUACGAGUAUUGGAGAUCACAGUAUGUGAUUUUAAAAACCAAAAUCAGUAUGAAGACAGGAAAGGAUCCUGUUCUAGAAUACAUUAAGAGUAAAAAUUCCACAAAUAAUGUGAAUCGAACUGAGGUCAAGAAAACGAAGAUGAAAGAGACUAAAUCCACUUUUUAUAGUCAUAUUGAAACUACAUCGUACAGUGAAAGAACAUAUUCUUCAAGAAAAGUUACCUCAAGUGAUAACAAAGUUACUGUUGAAAAUUUAAUCAAUCUAUGAGUGUUUAGAUACUAGAAGUAUUAGUUUUUUCUGUGAAUUUUUGAAAAGAUCUCUUUAUUUAUGUUCUUGUAAUAGUAAUAUAUGAAGAUGAUUUCCCGA